GCCUUGUUCUUCGCCAUGAGUCAAUACGUCCACGUCCCCAAGUCCGAGCUCGACGAGGCCCAGCUCAGGCAGCUUGAGGAGCACGAAAUCUCCCAGGGCCCGUUGUCCGUCCUCCAGCAGGCGGUCCGCAACCACACCCAGGUCCUCAUCUCCUUGAGAAACGACAAGAAGCUCCUUGCACGCGUCAAGGCGUUUGACAGACAUAGCAACAUGGUGCUCGAGAAUGUGAAGGAGAUGUGGACUGAGAUACCAAAAGGGAAGAACAAGAAGCCCGUCAACAAGGACCGCUUCAUCAGCAAGAUGUUCCUUCGUGGGGACUCUGUCAUCUUGAUCUUGCGAAACUCCGCAUAGUGUAUGCCAUCGACUCGGCGGACUUCUCAUCUUUUGCAUCUUCUGUAUGUUCAUGUUGUUUUUGUACGAUAAUGCUGCUCAAAACACUGCCCUGUACUCUUGGAAGAAGAUGAUGGAUGGGAUGUCAUCGUCGUACUGUUCAGUAGGAGUAUGCAUGUAAGUACAGAUGUCGCUCGUGGUAAGUCAAGUCCAAGUUAGUAAAACCUAAACGCCUGCUCCUCCUUCAUUCUAUCCUCGAUCUCCUUCACCGCCUCAAAGAUAGCACCCAUCGCCACCCACCCGAAGCUCUGCGCCCCAAACAACUUCUGCUUCUGCUUCUGAUACGCCAGC